AUGAUUAUAUAUGAAAAAACAUUUCAUAAUAUUGAAUACAUUAAGAUGAAUAUUGAGUUCCAGGAUUAGGCUCUAUAGAGAUCUGAAAGUAAAUAAAAAUUUAUAUUAAUUGAUAAAUAAUUAAUGAAUUCUGAAGCUGUAUGCUUGAAACUCGCAUCUAAACAUUUUGAUGAAUAAAUAUUUUAAGAAUUAUUAAGUGAAGGUGAUAAAAAUGGAUUAGAAUACGUAAAAUAAGUUUGGGAACCUACAGAAGCAUCUACAUCAGUUUCAAUGGAAUCAUCAGAGAGUUGUGGUUAUGUUAAAAAAAUAAGAUUAUUAAAUCAUAUAAACAAGUACCUUGAUAGUUCAUUGCAUUCAUCAACGAUUAAGAGAUUAAGGGAAUUACAAUGA